GUACUGGUAUUAGGAAACAAACAAACAUACACAGAUACACGCACACAACACACAAAUUCGUUCGACAGAAAUGCUGGCCAAGCUUAAAACCGUUUAAAUUGAAAUAGAAAACCACUUGUACGGCGUGUACGGGCCGCUGCCAGGAAACCAAUGCGCACUUUUACCGUUCUAAAUUACAGUUAUUAUUGUUGUUAUUAUUAUUUAGAAAUUUUUUUUUGCGCCGCAGUGCGGGAGUGCGUGGUGCGAUAAAGUGGAGAAGUGAGUGAGAAGAAGUGCAAUGAAUACGUCAACAGUCAAUCGAUGCCGUCGAUCUUCGCUGACGAGGGCUGCUGGAACAACGGGCGAGGAUGCUGGAACACCGGCGACACCGGAACUGGGGGCGGGCGGCGACAGUAAUAACGGUAGCGUGGGUGGUGUGGCGGCCGUGACGCCCAGCUGCCUGGCGAAGCGUGACUCCGAGGAGGAUGCGUGGGCAUCCAAGGGAUACAAUUACAUUAAUCCGUUUGUCCAUCGCAUCGAAAUCGACAGCCACAUUGAGGUGGCCAAGACCUAUGUCCUCACGCUGCUGUUACUUCCCAUCCGGGUGGUGGGCUGCGUCCUCUCCCUAAUCUCCGCCUGGAUGUUCUCCUGCAUCGGACUCUAUGGCCUGACAUUGGAUGACCUGAAGGAGAAACCGCUUACCGGCUGGCGGAAGCAGGUGCAGUAUCUGACGGCAUGUGCCAUGCGAAUGGUGUACACAUUCGGCUCCUUCCACUAUGUGAGCAUGAAGGGCAGGCCGGCGACGCCGAAGGAGGCACCGAUCCUGGUAGUAGCACCGCACUCCUCCUACGUGGACUCCAUCCUGGUCGUGGCCAGUGGCCCGCCCUCGAUAGUGGCCAAGCGGGAGACGGCGGACAUACCACUGCUCGGCCGCAUCAUCAACUACGCCCAACCGAUCUAUGUGCAGCGCGAGGAUCCCAACUCCAGGCAGAACACCAUCCGGGACAUUGUGGCCCGGGCCCGAUCCACCGACGACUGGCCCCAAGUGGUGAUCUUCGCCGAGGGCACCUGCACCAAUCGCACCGCCCUGAUCAAGUUCAAGCCGGGCGCCUUCUAUCCGGGCGUACCCGUUCAACCGGUCCUCCUCAAGUAUCCCAACAAAUUCGACACCUUCACCUGGACCUGGGACGGACCAGGAGUACUGCGCCUCCUCUGGCUGACGAUGACGCAAUUCUACAAUCGGUGCGAGAUCGAAUACCUGCCGGUGUACACCCCCUCGCCGGAGGAGGUGGCCGAUGCUAACUUGUAUGCCAACAACGUCCGGGAGGUGAUGGCCAAGGCCCUGGGCGUACCCACGUCGGAUUACUCGUUCGAGGAUGUCAUCGUGAUGAGCCGGGCCCGUGACAUGAAGAUCCCAUUCCCCGGCGACAUCGUCGAGAUCGAGAGGACCAUCGAGAAGCUGGGUCUUGUGGAGAGCCAGCGGGACAAGGAGCUGUGCGAGUGCUAUCUCCGGCUGCCCGGAACGGACAAGCUCGAUAUCAUUACCUUCAGUGAGCUGCUACGCAUUGAUCUCAAGAAUCCUGAGCUGCACAAGUUGUUUGCCCUCCUCGAUCACCGACGUGCGGGCACCGUCAGCCUGAAGAGCUUCCUGCUCUGCUCCCUCUUUUGCAAACUGAAGAAUUCCGAUCUAUUGACUUUCCUACGGGCCCUGAUCAACCUAUAUAGCGAGUCUAGUCAAAAAAUCGACAGAGAGAGCUUCGUGCGACUAAUGCGACAUGCUGGCGGGAAACUGAAUGAGCAAAAGGCCCAAUCGCUAUUCUACGCCCUGGAUCCAGAUAACCUGGGCUAUGUAUCCUUCGAUGCCUUUGUGGAGCACACGGAGAAGCAGAAGUCAAGCUACAAAUUCCUGUACCACAAGUCGGAGCACAUAAGGAGGCCCAAGGUGGCCAACUAAGGUGGCCAAAAAAAAAAAAAAAAGCGGGGCGAGUAGGCGUUAUAGAUGGAAACCCAAGCUAAGCAGAAAGUUCAACUGUCAAGUGUAUAUUUAUAAUAUUUAUUUAUCGUGUAAUGCACGGCUCCCUGGACGCCAGAUAUAUAUAUAUAUAUAUAUAUAUACAUAUAAAUUGUAAUUAAUAUAGUUUCUAUAAUUAUUAACGUA